AUGGCAGAGCAGAGCAGCAACGAUGUGGUAAACCAAACCCGGUCGGGCGGCGACCUUUCGCCUUCCGACGUUCCUGCGAGCAAACUUGACAACUUGACUGCUGGAGGGGACCGGGGGGAUGUUAAAACUUCUGAAAACAGCUCAACACUAAAGGUAAAUGCAGACACGUCGCAGGAAAUAUCAACGGGUAGCCCAUCGUCGACGGAAGCGAACGGAGUCGGGACGGAAAACCACGAUGCGGACGCCAGUCUGUCGCCGAAUAUCGGGGAUGGGAGUGGAGGAUCUGACACGGAUGCAAGCCGGCCUGACGCAAGAGCCAACACCGACGGGACACAGCACUCGCGGACAAGCUCUGUGAAAAGGCCAGCAUCAUUCAAACCUGUUUCCUUUGCUAAAUUUUCAGUCACAAAACCACCGGGGUCAAAUGGGAAUAGCAAAUCAACUCCGGAGAAAGCACCCUUUUCAUCAUCCACUCCUCCAUCAUCUACAUCUACUCCCUUGAGCUCCAGGCCGCGGUUAGUUGCCAAAUCUGGAAGCGGAUUACGGGAUUCUUCGCCGAGAACAUCCACGGUUGGGAGUAAAAACCUCUCUGGUGCUCCUGAUGCCAACCUAGUAUGGAAUAAGAAUCGACCCGUCCAGCCGCCUCCAACAAAGCACCUUACGGACGAAGAGUUGAAACAGCAAUACGGCAUCCACAUGACAUCACGCAUACAAACCGAUAACAACGAGAAAGAAGCUAAAUGGGCUGAUAUUGAUGACGACGAAGACGACUGGGCCCCCGAGACUAUAGAGUGGAACGACGGCACCAAAAUCACGUUAACACACACAGAAGGUGCCGCGCCAGGCUCCCAGGAGACAAAUGGUCCAACUACCAACUCAGCUGACCCAGGCAGACAACCCUCACCGGCCAACAAUGCACCACCAGCUCGUGAGGCACCUAGACUUUUACUUGCGAAACCUUCGAGCUCACUCGGGUCGAAUACAACAAUCCUUAAAGUAGGCGCCAGUGCGGAAAAGCAACAGUUUAAACAGGGAGGCGAUUUAUCAAAGAGUCCUAACGAAAAGUCGACAUUAACAUCUAAGGGGCCGGCAGCAGUGAGAUCACCAUGGGCACCGUUACCGCCUGUCGAAAAGGCGUCGCCUCUAGCACUCAAUCCACCAGCACAGGCUCAACCUCCUGCUCGGUUAAACCAAGGCGAGCUCCCUGGUCUAGACACUGUUUCUGCCCCUCCUGCGAAGGAAAUCGCUGCAGAUGACUUUAAUAGAUCUUGGAGGGAUAGACAGCCCGCUGCUCCUCGUGAGCUCUACAACUCUCAAUCAGGGAGGUAUGAGCCCGUGUCAGACAGCCGCCAUGGCCCACCGAGGAAUGACAAGUCUGCGAAGAACGACGGCCAUUUCAGACCAGCUUCCCUCCUUCAACGUUCAAUGCACAAUGAGCAAUCUGGGCCAGCUGAACCUUCGGCCGCGUUCCAAACCCACCGAAGCCCUACGGAAGGUAGUUCCUGGGGACGUCGACGUACAUCCUCGAAUGUGAGUGGCGGUAGUGGAGGCUUUGUUAGAAGAAUGUCCUUGAGUAGGCCCGACCUUCCUUUUAAAGGUGGCCCACCGUCCACUGGAACGAUUGAAAGAUCCGCUUCACCAAGUACCCGUCAACUUCAGAAUGGUCCUAUUGCUCCAAGCAUAGGAUCUCCAUCUCAGCAGUCACACAGGAGCCUUGAACAUGGACCUGCCAGUUAUCAUCAGCCCCCACCGAACUCUCAGAGCAAUGCACCACCGCAAGGUGCCGCCGAAGUCCCAACCUCUCAGCCUCCAGUGGUCGAAGAUCCAGUCGCAAUGCAACAACGAAUUAUGCGAGAGAAACGAGAAAUGGCGAGACAGCGACGAUUAGAACAGGAAGCCAAGGAGGAAGCCGCCAAACAGGAGCGUAUAAGGAUAAAGCUUCAAUCCAUGGGUGUACCAGCUAAAGAACUACCAGGCGCAAAAGAUGCAGCAGCAACUUCAGGUUCUGAACCAAAACGGCCUGCUGGCCAACCGGCAACGGCUACUACCGUGGCGUCACCUCCAAAACCACCUGUCCCUGAGCUAAGAGGAGAACCCAAACAAUAUGGUAUGAUGAAGGUACAUCACCCUGAAUCAGUGAAGAAGCUAGUAGCGUCUUCGGAGAAGGCCCCUGAGAAGCCCCAGCAAAGUGGCAACCAGACUCAAAAUCACCAAGUGUCACCUUCUCAUGAGCAACCACGCCCCGAGGCUUCACCCGCUGCCAAUGGUUCAAAGCCCGUUCAAGAGCCCCAGCCCAAACCUUCACAACCGAUUUAUGGGCCUCAACCAGAGGAAAGACCUCCAAACUGGAAGUAUUCAGUUCCCUCAACGUCUACUUACACUUGGCCCAGCUCCAAAGGCCACGCAGCAACUCUCGGAGCUCUCUGGGGCCCGCCAACUAACGACAAGGCAUUGGGUAACGGCACAUUUGAUAGAAACCUCACUAGCUUUCCAUCGGAUCUCGGCUCGCUAGGUCUGGCUGAGCAGCCGCAUAUUUAUCCUCAACCAGGCCAAGAAGGAGUGGAAAUGCCGGAAGGAAUGCCUCGCCCUCUUCCUGGACCCCCUAAGACUAUUCCGGAUGCCGCGAAGCCUCUAUCACCACUAACAUCCCCUGAUGCCCGACCAGAACGCAUUGGUGAUAACCCAAAACCAAUUGCUCCUCCUGGUCCAAUUGCGCCGCCAUCAUACAACCAAGGCCAACGUUGGCAGCAAGACCGGCCUCCUCACCGUGGCCAGGAAACCGCUGCUUGGAGCAAUUUCCACCUAGUUGCCAGGAAAUCGGAGGCGGAAGAGAAUGAAAGAUUCCAUCAAGACCUCAAAGCUCUUCGUGAGGAGGAAGCUAGAACUGGAAUCAGCCCGUCACUCCAGGCCACUUUUAACGAAACAUGGCGACAAGUCGAAGCUGGGGAGCGUCCGGGCAAUCGGAACAUCAUUGGAGUGGUUGCAAAAUCUUCUGACAAGGAUGCUCAACCCUCUCCAUUCCACCAAAUAGACUCCGUCAGCGGUCUUCCUUUCACUGAUAAGCAGAAGCCAGUACCGCUACCUCCGACUCGUGGCUCCCGCUUUUUCCCCCAUGGCGCUGAGCCAAAGCGACAAAACAACCAAGAGACAACGUCUGCUCGUAGCCAAUCUCCUCCCCCGCCAGAGGAAGUGUCAAGCCAUCCUGUCUUCACAGGCGAUUCUCAACGACCAUUAGUUCAUCUCCCUAACCCUAAACCACGCGUCAAGCUCCCUCCUGGUGCUCUCUCGGCGCCUAGUCCACCACCUCCGCCUCCAGUGCCUGCAACCUUCGCUGCUAUGGUAGCUUCACCUCCGCCUGUGCGAGCACCACCGCAACCAAUCGCCAGUACCACAUCUUGGCAGGAUAGGUUCAACGGGCUUUUCGGCAAGAAAACAACUCAGCCUGCUCAACGAAAGAACAGCUCACUGGCCGUUGCAUCCGCGACCAAAGAACCCUUGGAUGUGGUAUCAAGUGUCUCAUCAGCUGCCGUGUCUCUCCCACAACGUGGCGAGAAACGGAAAUUCACCGAUGACUCGGAUAAGGUAACUACCAAAGAGGUUGAAGAUGAAGAGGCGAUCUUCGAAGACCGCGAGGCAGGAUCUUUACCCGUUGUUAAGGUGCCUUACAUGGCCCCACGAGCCGCCUGGCAUCCAGCCCCAAAGCAAUCUCGCUUCCGAACCAAGUACCAGAAACCAGUUCUAUCACAAAGCAUCGAGCCUUAUAUUCUCAGCCAUACUGAACGGGAUAGUAACGGAGACAUUGUUGUUACCGUUCGCCCGCCAGGCAAAGAUGUCAAAAAGAUUCUAUUACCUAAACGGGGUGGAGGCAAUGCAAACGCAGCACGACUUCGUUCAAACCCCAAAAGCCGCACUAGAAAUCCAAGAUCUAGGGAAGGGAGUGGAUCGUAUCAAAAUUCACAAACUGCCAAAAAGACCGGACCUACAACCUCAACUUCUACUACCCCCACCACCCGUGCCGGCUCUCCUAAAUCACGCCCAAGCAGCGUAAAAUAA